CAUUACACGAGUUCAGUCCUUUGUACUUCAACAUUGGGACAUUACGCCACAACACAAGAUAUAUAUUAUGUUCCUGAUAAUCAACAUGAUAGGGCGGCAGGGCAUAGGUCGUCGUCGAGGACGUAGACCGCGGUGCUCGGCGUUAGUGUCCCAAAACACGGGUAGCACCGUGAGUGCGCAGGGCGCAUACCGCACCCGCAACCCGCAAACCCGUACCCUUCCCGGAUACACCGCCGGUGUUGGCGGUGGACCGCGGGUUUGCUUACCUCGGUGGUAUCUGCGCGGCGUUGGGUUUGUUGCCUGCACCCCGUUGUCCUCGCUGUCCUCCCUCAGGCUGUUCACUCGCACUUGCGCCCACACGUUCCCGCCAUCCGCUCCCCGCCGACCCUUCGCCCGCAGGCGGGAGCAGCCGCUCGUGUGCGUCCGCACAAUUCCCGUCCACCCGCGCUGUCCGCACACCCUCCCGCCUGCUCGUUGCCGUGCCCGUAGUCACGGCGCGCUCGUCGGCCAUGCCUGCGUGCGGGAUAUUCACCCAGCACGCUCGCGGUUAGCGUGUGCGCUGUCGCCUGAGUGCUCGCCCGGCGUGCGCGCUGGGUCGGCGUGCACGCCCCGGCCCUGGCCCACGCUGACCGUCAGCUGUCCACCCGCGCUGCCCGCACACCCUCCCACCUGCUCGUUGCCGUGCCCGUAGUCGCGGCGCACUCGUCGGCCAUGCGUGUAGUCGCGGCGCGCUCGUCGGCCGUGUGUGUGUGCUGGGCAUUGGCACAGCACACUCGCGGUUGCCGUGUGCGUGGUGCUAAUCCGCGUCCUGUGCCUGUGUGCUUGCUCAC